GUGGAAGGCGGCUGCUUGGCUGCGCUCCUCGCUGCUGGCCCCGCUGCCGGUAUGGCCAGGAGCAAGGGCACCCUCUGCACAUGGCUGGGCUGCCCCGGGCUGCUGGGCUGUUUCUUGCUGGGCUUUCUGGCAGGAUGGUUUACAAAACCAACUGAAAAAAACCCCAACUCUUCAGAUGUCGAUCAAAAUGUGAGACAGAAACUUGUGGCUGAAAUGAAAGCAGAAAACAUCAAAGAAUUCCUUCGCUCAUUUACCAAGUUGCCUCACCUCGCAGGAACUGAACAGAAUCUUCUUCUUGCCAAACAAAUUCAAGGCCAAUGGAAAGAAUUUGGACUAGAUUCAGCAGAGCUUGUUCAUUAUGAUGUGCUUCUUUCAUACCCAAAUGAAAAGCAGCCAAACUACAUCUCAGUAAUUGAUGAUCAAGGGAAUGAGAUUUUCAAUACAUCAUUGUUUGAACCACCUCCAACAGGAUAUGAAAAUGUUACUGAUAUCCUGCCACCAUAUAAUGCUUUUUCAGCCCAGGGAGUGCCAGAGGCAGAUCUGAUAUACGUGAAUUACGGCCGCACUGAAGACUUUUUUAAGUUGGAACGUGAAAUGGGAAUUAACUGUACAGGAAAGAUUGUCAUUGCCAGAUAUGGGAAAAUCUUCAGAGGAAACAAAGUUAAAAAUGCCAUGUUAUCAGGAGCCCAAGGGAUCAUACUUUAUUCAGACCCUGCUGACUACUGUGCUCCAGGAGUAGAUGCUUAUCCACAAGGCUGGAACAUUCCAGGCAAAGGAGUCCAGCGUGGGAAUGUGUUAAAUUUGAAUGGAGCUGGAGACCCUCUAACACCAGGUUAUCCUGCAAAAGAAUAUACUUUCAGGUAUAAGGUUAAUGAAGGUGUAGGGAUUCCCAAAAUCCCAGUUCAUCCCAUUGGAUUUCAUGAUGCAGAAGUAUUAUUACGUGAAAUGGGAGGACCUGCAGCUCCAGACAGCAGCUGGAAGGGAAGUCUCAAUGUAUCUUACAACAUAGGGCCAGGAUUUGCAGGAAACUUUUCUACAAGAAAACUCAGAAUGCAUGUUCAUACAAACAAUAAAAUAACACGAAUUUACAACGUCAUUGGGACCCUCAGAGGAGCAGUGGAACCAGACAGAUAUAUUAUUUUAGGAGGUCAUAGAGACUCUUGGGUGUUUGGUGGUAUCGAUCCAACUACAGGUGCAGCUGUUCUGCAAGAGGUUGUACGGAGUUUUGGUAAAAUGAAGCUGGAAGGUUGGAGACCUAAGAGAACUAUCAUCUUUGCUAGCUGGGAUGCAGAAGAAUUUGGAUUAUUGGGUUCCACAGAAUGGGCUGAGGAAAACUCCAGAGUCCUCCAGGAACGGGCAGUUGCUUACAUCAACACAGAUUCUUCUAUAGAAGGUAACUACACACUAAGAGUUGACUGCACCCCUCUUCUCUACAAACUGGUGUAUAAUCUGACAAAAGAGAUUUUAAGCCCUGAUGAGGGUUAUGAAAAUAAGUCUCUUUAUGAGAGUUGGCUUGAGAAAGAUCCUGGAACAGAAAAUAAUAGCUAUCCCAGAAUAAACAAGCUGGGAUCAGGCAGUGAUUUUGAAGCUUACUUUCAGCGACUGGGAAUUGCAUCAGGCAGAGUCCGUUAUACCAAGAACAGGAAAGCAGACAAAUUCAGCAAUUACCCUGUUUAUCACACUGUGUAUGAGACUUUUGAGUUAGUGGAAAAGUUUUAUGACCCCAGCUUCAAGAAACAGCUAACAAUUGCCCAGUUACGAGGCAAACUGGUAUAUGAACUGGCAGAUUCCCAAGUCAUUCCAUUCGACUGCAGAGAUUAUGGAGAAGCUUUAAAAGGAUAUACCAAUAGAAUUUAUAAAUUGGCCAAGAAACAUGAAGAAGAGCUGAAAACUUACAAAGUGUCAUUUGAUCCUCUUUUUUCUGCUGUGGUGAACUUUUCAAAGGCUGCUGCUGAAUUUCACAGGAGACUUGAACAAGUUGACAAGAAGGAUCUGGUCGCAGUGCGAAUCAUGAAUGAUCAGCUGAUGUUUACAGAAAGAGCUUUCAUUGAUCCUCUUGGCUUACCAGGAAGGAAGUUCUACAGACAUGUCAUCUUUGCUCCAAGCAGUCACAACAAGUAUGCUGGAGAGUCCUUCCCAGGGAUCUAUGAUGCCAUGUUUGAUAUUGGAAACAAAGAAGAUCAGCAUGAAGCCUGGGAAGAAGUGAAGAGGCAGAUUUCCAUUGCAGCCUUCACUGUGCAGGCAGCAGCAGGGAUGCUGAAAGAAGUAGCAUAGGAUGAUGGCUUCAAAAAGCUCAAACAGAAAUAUCUGCAGUGGGCUGUAGUCAGGCUCCUACAGUGACCCAGGAUCUCCACACUGCCUACUGGAUCUGAGUUUCCAACCUGAAUCAUAGAAUCAUAGUCAUGGAAUCACAGAAUCAUACAACAGUAGAAUAAUAGAGUGGUUAAGAUUGGAAGGGACCUUAAAGAUCAUCAGGUUCCAACCUCCCUGUCAUGAGCAGGGACAACCCACACUAGACCAGGCUGCACAAAGCCUCAUCCAACCUGGCCUUAAACAUCUCCAGAGAGGGGCAUCCACAACCUCCCUGGGCAAACUACUCCAGUGCCUUGCUACCCUCAUGGUGAAUUUCUUCCUGAUGUCUAACCUAAAGCUCCCCUCUUUCAGUUCAAAACCGUCACUACCCUCUCUGGUGACAAGCCCGUCCCCAGUUUUCCUGUAGCCCCUUCAGGUACUGGAAGGUGCUAUAAGUUCUCCUUGGAGCCUUCUCUUCUCCAGGCUGAAUAGCCCCAAUUCUUGCAGUCUUCAUAGCAGAGAUAGCAGAACACAUGCAAGUGUACUGGCAGGGUAAGCAGGAGAUCUGUCUAUCAAAGAACUCUCGUGCUCGAAAUUUCUGUUUCUUUGAUGCUGACAAAACUGUAGCUUUAAGAACAACCCUAGAUGGAAAUAAAUUUGGGAGUGGGGAGAAGGAAUAAUCAGUUUCCAACUAAAGUUUUUUAAAGACCUGCCAGUUUUGAGGACCUGUUAUUUUGGAUGUGCAAUUACAAACCCCAUUAUUUGCCAAGCAACCUGUAAAUCUUGUCCAUGCAGUGAUCAACAGCACACAUUUCAAGAGAAAAACUAUAACAUUCCUCAGCACGUGUAUUUUUCUUGUUCUGAUAGUUACUAAGACAUGAAAGGCGUCUCUGUAUUUUAGAAUCUAUUCUGCAGGACUGGUGAGUGCUUGCUGUACUGAUUUGCUUUCUUUUCCUGAAAAAAAUAAAGCAUUGGCCCUCCUGCCGACUGCCAAAGCCAUUCUUGAUAAUCAGAGAAAACGGUUAUAUGCAGAAGUCCAAAAGCAUUUUUCUCAGGGAGUGAGAAUCCAACCCUCUGAAAUUACUGUGUGCAUCUCCCUCUUUUAUUUGCACUUUGGAAUAUACAGAUUAUGGAGGCUAACCAAAAGCUGACUUCCCUGCUCCUUUUUGGCACUUUCACUAGUCCCAAACCCAUGGCAGCUUUUGUCUUUUUUAUUUUAUUUUUUAAUUAUUUUUUUAUUUAUAUUUUUUUUUCCCCAGGAGAUCUCUUUCAGGCAGAUACCUUCUUCCACUUGAGGGAGCUGGAGGACACUGACACUAUAGGCAAGGUUAUUCUGUCUUCAAAUAAGACCUGAGGAAAGUUUCCUGUCAGCAGCUGCGUUUACAUUCAAAGAGAAACUGAAAUCCAUGAGAAGGGUAAUUGUACAAAACCGUUUAAUUUGUAAAAAAGAAUGUAUUCUUGCUUCAUUUGCCCUUUAAAUGUACUUCUCAUCCAAAUGCUUUACAACUAAUAAAAUUGCUAGAAUUUUAUUAAAUCACA